ACCCAGGCGUCUGCAGGGGUGACUUCUCCGGGCUCAUCCCCGGCAGGUGUUCCUGAACCUUCCCUCGGCCCCUGCCUGGGGCGCGACUGCCCCCCCUUCCGGCCGGGUCAGGGUGGGAGUGAAGGGCCGGCAGAGGUGGAGGGAAGGGAAGGCGGGCAGGCAGGAACCCGGAUUUUCAAACGCUCCAACCAAAGGAAAUCGCAGCAUCGCGGGCCGGGGGAAAUGAAAGACUCUGGAAGUCUCCAGGAAUUUGAUUCUGUGAGCUGGUUUCCAAGAGGCUAAGUUAAGCUUCUCCAAGUGGAUAUUAAAAAGGAGCAGCGAGACGAGCCCGGGCGGAGGGGCUGGAGGGGGUGGAGAGAAGGCACCGGAAGCCGCCGCACGCCGCACCUCUGGAGCCACCGCACAAAGCCCCGCCGGCCGGUCCUGGGCCCGGAGGACCCUGGGGACCGCAGGAGCCUUUCAAGGCCCACGUCCGGCCCUUGCUCCCGCCUCUUUUAUUUCUCUCCUUCGCUGCCUUUCCCCUCCCGAUUCCAAGAGACAAUGCUACUUCAGUUUGGAGCACAAACAUAUGAUCAGCACAUGGAAAUGUGGUAAUUUGGAUGCAUUCGUGAUUGCAACAGAUUGAAGAAAUUAGACCAGACAAAGAGUGUUUUUGGAGGAGGAGGAGAGGAGGCCGAAAGAGGGAGGGCGACGGGGUGAGAAAGGGGAGGACGCCUCUGGAAAGGGGGACGCCGGGACUCCCGCCUGCUGCUAAAUAUAUCGGUAGUGAUGGAGAGAGACCGGAUCACAGCCUUGAAAAGAUCUUUUGAGGUCGAGGAGGUCGAGACGCCCAACUCCACCCCAACCCGGAGGGUCCAGACUCCCCUGCUCCGGGCCUCUGUGGCCAGCUCCACGCAGAAGUUCCAGGACCUGGGUGUGAAGAACUCAGAGCCCGCGGCCCGCCAUGUAGACUCCCUCAGCCAGCGAUCCCCCAAGGCUGCCCUGCGGAGGGUCGAGCUCUCGGGCCCCAAGGCCGAGCCCGUGUCUCGGCGCACCGAGAUCUCCAUCGACAUCUCGUCCAAGCAGGUAGAGAACGCCGGCACCGCUGGGCCGUCCCGGUUCGGGCUCAAGCGGGCUGAGGCACUGGGCCACAAGACGCCAGAGCCCACCCCUCGGAGGACGGAGAUCACCAUAGUCAAGCCCCAGGAGUCAGCCCACCGGAGGAUGGAGACCCCCGCCUCCAAGAUCCCUGAGGUGCCCGCCAUCCCCACCGCCGACGCAGCCCCCAAGAGGGUCGAGAUCCAGGUGCCCAAGCCAGCCGAGGGGCCCGCCUCCCCCAUCCCACCCCAGACCCUGGAGAAUUCGGAACCCACCCCGAUGUCUCAGCUGCAGAGCAGGCUGGAGCCCAAGCCCCAGCCGCCCGUGGCCGAGGCCCCACCCAAGAGCCAGGAGGCCACCGAGGCAGCUCCCGGCAGCGUUGGCGACAUGGCCGACACCCCCCGAGACGGCGGGCUCAAGCAGCCGCCCGCGCAGAGGAACGAGAAGGCCCCCGUGGACUUCGGCUACGUGGGGAUCGACUCCAUCCUGGAGCAGAUGCGCAGGAAAGCCAUGAAGCAGGGCUUCGAGUUCAACAUCAUGGUGGUCGGGCAGAGCGGCUUGGGAAAGUCCACCUUGAUCAACACCCUCUUCAAAUCCAAGAUCAGCCGGAAGUCAGUGCAGCCCGCCUCGGAGGAACGCAUCCCUAAGACCAUUGAGAUCAAGUCCAUCACACACGAUAUCGAGGAGAAGGGCGUCCGCAUGAAGCUGACGGUCAUCGACACGCCGGGGUUCGGGGACCACAUCAACAAUGAGAACUGCUGGCAGCCCAUCAUGAAGUUCAUCAACGACCAGUACGAGAAGUACCUGCAGGAGGAGGUCAACAUCAACCGGAAGAAACGCAUCCCGGACACGCGUGUCCACUGCUGUCUGUACUUCAUCCCUGCCACCGGCCACUCCCUCAGGCCCCUGGACAUCGAGUUCAUGAAGCGCCUCAGCAAAGUGGUCAACAUUGUUCCGGUCAUCGCCAAGGCUGACACGCUGACCCUGGAGGAGAGGGUCUACUUCAAACAGCGGAUCACCGCAGACCUGCUGUCCAACGGCAUCGACGUGUACCCCCAGAAGGAGUUUGACGAGGACUCAGAGGACCGGCUGGUGAACGAGAAGUUCCGAGAAAUGAUCCCGUUUGCCGUGGUGGGCAGUGACCAUGAGUACCAGGUGAACGGGAAGAGGAUCCUUGGAAGGAAAACCAAAUGGGGCACCAUUGAAGUCGAGAACACCACGCAUUGUGAGUUUGCUUACCUGCGGGACCUCCUCAUCAGGACACACAUGCAGAACAUCAAGGACAUCACCAGCACCAUCCACUUCGAAGCCUAUCGCGUGAAGCGUCUGCAUGAGGGCAGCAGCGCUGUGGCCAACGGUGUCGAGGAGAAGGCGCCAGAAGCCCAGGAGAUGUAGACACCGUCUGUCCCGGGACCCCGCCCCGAGUCUUUUCCGUCUCCCCCCCCACCCUGCCCCCACCCACCUGCCCCGUUUUAUUUUAUGUAAUUUUCUCCCUGUGUCCUCCACCUCCGCCCCUUUACACCUGCCAAGUAACAAGAUGACGAGAGCCCUCCCAGUAUGUUUGUUAUUAGCCCGCUGACUACGGGGACCCGGGCUGGGGGGGUCCUCGGAGUGGGGCCGGCUCUCUGGCCGUCCCUGAGGUCCAGGAGGGGCGGGAGGACCCCUGGCGCAGUCCUGACCCUGCCCCGGGGCCAGAGGAGCGGCCUCCAGCUCUUGGUGCCCCUCGGACACAGCCUCUGCAGCGUGGCAGGGUGGUGCCCGUGGGAGGAGGGAGCCAUCCUCGUGGACCUGGAGCCCCUGCCUGCCCCUGCCUCCCCACAUGGCCCUGGCCGUAACUCAGAGCACCCCACCCCGCCCCUAGGGGAGAGCAGUUCAUUCCACGAGACCCAAGUUGCCAAUUGCUUACAUGCGGCGAGGCCAUUGGUUGCUGCCCGCCCACCUGCCUGCGAGCCUGUCCUGGAGCAGGAAGUGCCUUUAUCUCAGCCGUCCUCGCGAGCCAGCAGCUCUCCCCCGCUGUCCCCUUGGACGAGAAAUUGGGACAGGUUGGAGAGAGGGAGGUGUGUCUUCAUCUCCCCUCGUGUCCCACACCCCCACCCCACUGGGAUUUGAUUGAGGAUUCAAAGGAAGGGAAAAGAUGCACCCCCACCCCCGGCUGCUUUUUGGGGAAGGUCCAAGUGAGUGAAUCUGGAGCAGGGGCUAAGGGAGGAAGUGCUGGCAGGUGCCCAAAGGAAGUGGGGGGCCGUGUGGACCACGGCUGGGGACGCUCAGAGUGGCC